AGCCGGAUAAGAUGUAUUAUUGUUUACGUAUUAGAAAACGGUCCUCAGUAUAAAUUGAAAGAAACAUCGAAACAAUGAAAUAAAAUUCAAUGUCAGUUGUUUAAUCUCGGCAUUAUUUGGUUCAAUUUAAUGUAGCUAAUCUGAUAAAAUCAAUUAACGAUGAUUAGUUCACCGUGCAAGUGCGACGAGGUUAUGUUCGUGCAGAAUAUAUUACCGAACUUCUCAAAGAUUGUUGAGACGAAAUGGUUUACAUCGGACAAUCCGGAGUCCGUUAUGUCGAGUUCCCUUGAAGACGUUGUGGCAUUUGUAGACUCGCAAUUGCACCUCAAAUUCUGUUCAAAAAACGUGAAGCACACCUGGACGUUUGAGGUACUGACCACAGGGAAGUCUUUGGAGAACGUAUCCCUGAUGUUAGAAAAUCACAGGGAACAUUUCACCAUAGUAUCGGUAACUAGUUUGGAAGGUAGCGAGGGCUUGUACACCGGACAAGAAUGGUUCAAAGCAUCUGCGGCAUUGCCAGGCUUGGAUUUGAACCAACCUAGUAGCACCCGAUACAAAAUAACCAUAGGUUUCAAGACAGAUCGUUACGGGACCUACAGACAAACCGUUAUCUUUGGUUUUGGCGGUUAUCCAGUUCUGUUUGGGCAGAUAUCUGCAGAUUGUAUCCCAAUUGAUGAUUUACCGAGACUUGAGGAGGCGCGCCGCAUAAUACUGAGUCAGAAUGCAAGAAAAUGGACGAAGAAUAACACGCACAUCGUAGCCUUUGAAUCUCCCUUUGUUCCCGCUAGAGAUAUAAAAGAGGUUAAUUUAACGAAAGCCUAUCCUUUUCCUGACGAAACUAACUUUCAUCUCACCCACGAUACACUCACUGAAGAAUCUCUGACACCCACAAACUAUCGCGGUCGCAUGCAUGAGCUUGUUGCCAUUGAGGAACUAGCGAGACACGAACAAGUCGCUAGGUACAAUAUUGUCACGCAGAUCAGACUCUGCCAGUAUUACAUCGUCGCGCCAGAUGCCGACUGUGCUACCACAGCCAAGUAUGCCCCUUCUGGAGAAUUAUUUGCUCAGCUACCACUGGGACGAGAAAUUUCUGAAGAUUCUAAGAGCGGGCGGUUGUUGCUAAGGGGUUGCAGUAAAGUUCUGUUCAAGCCUAUCGGCUGGGAGAGAAGUGAUAAUAAUCAGCGACAAAUAGUGUUCGAGGCUCAUAUCGAGGAUAAAUGUAAUCGAAUAAUUUACUUGCGGUUAUCUAAGAAUUGCAUAGAAACACUUCAGCUGCGGCCCGAAAUAGAUGUAACUGUCCAAGUGCAAUUCCAACUGAAUCGACUACCUUAUUGCGAGUGGCAUAGAUCUAUAGACCGUGUAAUUGACACAAGUUUGAUUUUUCCUGUGAUCACUGAAGACACGACUAUACCAUGGAAUUCUGUAGAGUACUGGAGUGCGCAGUUCGAUCAAAAGCUAAACGCAAAACAACAGCAGGCAGUUAUUGCUAUGAUUGCCCCUAUCAACAUGAUUUUGCCUCCGAUUCUCCUUGUUGGACCCUUCGGCACUGGCAAAACUUAUACUCUCGCACAAGGAAUACGCAUGAUUCUCAACAAAGGGCCUAAACACAAGGUCUUACUUUGUACACAUAGCAACAGCGCUGCUGAUUUAUAUGUUAAGGACUUCUUUGACGCGUGGUACAAAGAAUCUAUGGACACCAGACUUAAACCUCUACGAAUCUACUACAAGGGGCGAUUUAGAAACACGGUACACCCGGUAGUGCAAGAAUAUUGUCUCAUGGAUGAAAAUGGUCGAUUUCGAGAGCCUACAAAGGAUGAUAUCUUGCGCUGUGGUUUGAUAAUCGCAACUUUGGCAACAUCUAGCUGCUUAGCAAGUCUGGAUGCUGGACUCACUCACAUCAUAAUAGACGAAGCUGCCCAGGCAAUGGAGUGCGAGGCUCUGACUGCUCUCACGCUUGCAAGAAGCACAACUCGUUUGAUAUUAGCCGGUGAUCAAAUGCAAUUGGCUCCCGAAUUAUACAGUGAUCUUGCUAGCGAACGAGGGCUAGGUCUGAGCCUUCUAGAGAGAAUCUGCAAUCUGUAUCCACCACUCUUUCCGUGCAAAAUUCUGCUCUGUCAGAACUACAGAGCUCAUUCAACCAUCAUAGGACUAACUUCAGAAUUAUUUUAUUCCGGCCAAGUCGUUGGAUGUGGCAAACACUUGGCACAUCCUAUCUUCACCCCGUUGACCUUCUUCAGCGUUCAAGGGCAAGAUGUUCAGGGCAUGCAUUCAACUGGAUUCUACAACGACGCUGAGGCCUUUGAGGUAACGGACCGAAUAGCGGAAUUGAAGAGUCGUUGGCCUACGGAGCAGUGGGGACCAUAUGGCGAGGGGGCGAUCGGAGUGGUAGCCCACUACGCAGAACAGGUGUCAAGGAUCCGUAUGGAGCUGCGAAAACGUAAGCUGUUUGAUAUAUCAGUGGAGCGAGUGAUGAAUGUUCAGGGAAAGCAGUUUAGAGCUGUUUUCAUAAGCACUGUUAGGACACGAAAUAGUUGUCAAUAUUCAACGGAUGCCAACAUAAAAGACUAUGGCUUUUUGAGUAAUCCAAGACUGUUGAAUACUUCUAUAACCCGUGCAAAGUGUCUAGUAGCGAUUAUUGGGGAUCCAGUGGCUCUCCUGACAAUUGGAUCUUGUCAAAGAGUUUGGGAAAAGUUUUUCUCCGUUGCAACAUUAUACGGUAUAGAUUACGUCACUCUUAGAAGGUACGUCGACAAUUUAUCACAAACACCAGUCUCUGCACCACUAAAUCCAUUAGCAAAAGAAUUCGUGCCUAGAAGCCCACAGCCUCCUUAUCAAGUGGAAUAUGUACCAAUCCCGGUGCCGUAUCCAGUGAUAUAUUGUAACUCGAUUAAUAAUAAUAAUAACAAUAAUAAUAAUAGUAGUAGUAGUAAUUAGCCAGCGUCUAAAACCAAGUCAUCGCUAGAUGUCUUACAGAAAUAAAUAGAAAUUCAUGUCCGAUUAUAGUUGCACUCGUUGAUUGAACCUAUUGCUGCCAGACUUAUAGAGAGAUCAUGAGUAAGCUUUUUAACGUAUGUGGUUUUGUACCGGCGACGUUGGUUUCUUAACGUAAAAGAGAGAUGUGAUUUGAAUGCUAUGUGCUUCUUUUAAAAAAAAAAAAUUUUUUCCCUCCUAGUCUCUCUGUUGCCUCUUUCUAUUCAGCCUUCGAUGCUAAGAAUCACAUUGAGAUAAAGAAUAAUAGAUGAACAAUUGAUUGUAUUAACCGAUUUUCAUUUUUUGUACAUAUGUAUAAAUUAUAAAAAUACAAAUUUAUACUUUUUCAAUGCAAUGAAUGAGAAAAUCUUGAGAAAAUUUUUUUAACAAAUCAGUAACAAAUGAUCAACUAUGUGACUCUACUUCCAGUGUUCUGUAAAUAUGUAUGAAUUAUAAAUAGGAAAUCUCUACAUCUCUGGUGUUUUAAAUGGGAAAUAAAACAAAUUUCGAAAAUGCUUUUGCCUUUAUAAUUUUUAGAACAUUUUAUCGUACUGCAAAAACUACAUUUAUGAUCAUUGAGAGUAACUUUUUGUUCCUUAUUUUUCAUAAACAUUAUUCUGUCUUUGACUCCGUGAUCAAUCAAGCGCGUAGGUCCAUGUUGAUCUAGCAUUGAAUUUCUUCUAUUUCUUUGUUUUCGAAUGUUUUCUUUUUUAUAAAAGCUUUUUUUCCAGUACUCAUAUAACCAGCUAGACAGGUUGUAUUCAAUCAAAGAUGCAUCAAAUGUUGCACGAAUUAUCAAUUCACUGGUAUAGCAUAAUUAGUAGUGUAAAAAAAGAGAGGCAGAUAAAGCGAGACAGAAAGAGAAAGACCGAAAGAGUCUAAUGAGGAGAAAUAGAGCGAAGUACAUCUUCUUACGAAGAGCACUGUGGUAGCUAUACUGUAAGGUUUUGUGAGUAGAUCCCAUCGAUGUACUUUUUUUCUACUUCAUUUAAAUGACAAUAUUCAAACGACGGAGAGAUAAUUAAGUUUCGAAGAAAACGAGCCCCAGAUGAUAUUUUUCAUCUUGACAAAUGCAAAGAAAAAAAAGUGAAAAAAAAUUGAAAAAAAUUGAAAAAAAUAUCAUGAAAACGAGAAAAAAAUUAAAAAAAAAAAAAAAAAACAGAAACGAAAAAAAUGAGAAAAAAACGAAGAAAAAACAUAAAAAAAAAUAUUAAAAAUAGAAAUUAAAAAUUAAAUUAAAUAUAAAUAAAUCAAGUAUUGUAUUAGACACCACGCAAGUUUAUAUUACAUAAUUAUAUAUAGAUAUAUAACUGUAUGUUUCACAAAUAGUUGUACAUACGAAUGAUAUUUGUUUAAUAAAUAAAUGCAUAUGUCGUCAGAAUAAAGAGAAAAAAAAAUUUAAAAACCAA